GAAUUUGCACGUUGGCGUUUCGGUUCGAAGGAUUGGUGAUCAAGGCCGCUACAUCACGCGGUGUGCCCCAGUCACCUUCCGUUGGUGCUCUUUGCGAUCAACUCUCCCGUGACAUCUACGCCGACAAGACCAUCGGCGGUGGAGAUGAUGCAUUUAACACUUUCUUCUCCGAAACGGGCGCUGGAAAGCACGUUCCUCGCUGCGUCAUGGUGGAUCUCGAGCCAACUGUUGUGGAUGAAGUUCGCACCGGUACCUACCGGCAGCUUUUCCAUCCGGAGCAGCUGAUUUCGGGCAAAGAGGAUGCUGCCAACAACUUUGCUCGUGGACACUACACGAUCGGCAAAGAGAUCGUGGACUUGGUCCUUGACAG